ACGAGACGGCUCCGCCCUCCUUAAGAUGGCGCUGCGCUCAACGCGGAAGGCGCGUGGGUGCUGGAGCUUCAUCCGGGCACUUCAUAAAGGACAUGAAGCUGCUCCCGCUCUGCAGGAAGACAGCAUGAAGCGAGUCUUUUCUGGCAUUCAGCCUACAGGGAUCCCCCACCUGGGCAAUUACCUGGGAGCCAUUGAGAGCUGGGUGAGGUUGCAGGAUGAGUAUCGCUCUGUGCUGUACAGUAUCGUUGACCUCCACUCCCUCACUGUGCCCCAAGACCCCACCAUCCUUCGGCAGAGCAUCCUGGACAUGACUGCUGCUCUUCUCGCCUGCGGCAUAAACCCAGAGAAGAGCAUCCUUUUCCAACAAUCUCAGGUAUCUGAACACACACAAUUAAGUUGGAUCCUUUCCUGCAUGGUCAGAUUACCUCGAUUACAACAUUUACACCAGUGGAAGGCCAAGACUGCCAAGCAGAAGCACGAUGGAAUGGUGGGCCUGCUGACGUACCCCGUACUCCAGGCAGCUGACAUUCUGUUGUACAAAUCCACACACGUUCCUGUCGGUGAGGAUCAAGUCCAGCACAUGGAACUAGCUCAAGAUCUAGCACAAGGUUUCAACAAGAAGUAUGGGGAGUUCUUUCCAGUGCCCAAGUCCAUUCUGACACCGAUGAAGAAGGUGAAAUCCCUCCGUGACCCUUCUGCCAAAAUGUCGAAAUCAGACCCUGACAAACUGGCUACCAUCGGGAUAACAGACAGCCCCGAGGAGAUAGUACAGAAAUUCCGCAAGGCGGUGACGGACUUCACCUCGGAGGUCACCUACGACCCGGCCAGCCGAGGGGGUGUCUCCAACAUUGUCGCCAUCCACGCCGCAGUGACGGGGCUGUCGGUGGAGGAGGUGGUCCGCCGCAGCGCGGGGCUGGACACUGCUCGUUACAAGCUGGUGGUGGCAGAUGCUGUGAUUGAGAAAUUUGCUCCCAUUAGGAGCGAAAUUGAAAAACUGAAGAUGGACAAGGCCCAUUUAGAGAAGGUUUUACAAGUUGGGUCUGCAAAAGCCAGAGAAUUAGCAUACCCCGUGUGCCAGGAGGUGAAGAAAUUGGUGGGGUUUUUAUAGGAAGUCUCAACUAAUCACCAAAAGGCUUUCAUGUCUUACAGUCUGUGCACUUCGAUGAAGGCAACUUUCUCCAGAAGCAAAAAAUUAUAGCUUGGGGACAUUUAAUUUGGUGUAGCUGAUUAUUGGCUUCAUUUGAUGAAUGUUUUAUAGCUUUCAAAGAGUAUAAUGUUCUGAAUCUCAACAAAAUGCUGUGAUUAGAAAAAAUAAUCAAGGCAUAGC